AUGCCCCAGUCAUGUAGAGCUUUUAAAAGGGGAGGGAAAAAAAAAAAACUCCAAGACUUCUUGGGCCUAUCACUGCAUAAUCAUCCAUUCAUAAUGGCACACGAACAAUCAAAGAUAGCUGCUGUAUUCUUUUCGGAGUUUGAUAUGAAAUCAGGGUAUAAGCUCUUGUGGUCAAAUACCAUGAAAGAUAUCUCACUCGAAGGGAUUGAGUAUAAAUCGUUUCCUAGUGGGAUUCAUGAUUUGCAAGAAGCCACUGUUUUUCUCAGCCAUGAAUCAAACAACAAACUCCUCUAUGGAUUGAGCUGCUUUAAACAAUUUGCUAUUGAUCAAAGCAAAACAGAUGAUCGAGAUAAUUUGAAAAUGUACUCAGUUGGGAUUAUUUGUGAGCCAAAGCAAAGUGACUGGAAACCAAACGAAUUUAUCAACAACGGAUGGGAAUAUAUUGAAGACUUGAAGAGUGCAUUGGACACUAUAGAGGCCGACACUAUAAGGAAUAGCGAAUCGGGCAUUGAAACUAAUCUUGAUUUGACUAAAAUUGGAAAAAACUUGCAACAAAUAGGAUCAGGUAAGUCCAGCUUGAACAUUCCUGGUACCGAACCAAGCAAAGGUAAACACUUACUACUAAAUCUACCCCAGAUGUUUGAAACUUUGGGACCCCUUGUGUUUGCCAUUUACAAACAAAGUCUUUUACGAAAGAACAUUUUACUCUUCAACGAAGUACAUUUGAAUAGUGAAGAGGGUGCAACAAAGAAAGACAACUAUAGUCUACUUUCUUCUUUCAGUUAUUUAAUUUCCGUUCUAUCUGUGGUCCCAAAGAGUGCAAAAUUGCCAAGCCCAGGGUUGUACUCCCAGCAACCGUUAUAUAACAUUGGCUUGAAUGAGCUUUCUUCGAAAUUACUCCAACAAUUUCAAAAAUCAGAAAAUGGGUACAUUGCGGUCACCAGUGACGAAAUAUUGAAGGACCAUCCAAUUUACGAUGUUGGCGUUGAAAUAAGUGAUACAAUUAAGGUUUUUAAUCGAGACAAAACUGGCAUCAAAGCCACAAUACGCGACUAUCACAAAUUUCAGGUGCUCUACUCAGACCUUGUUACGGAAAAUUUAAGUUUCACCAACAAUUCAAAUGUAUCCACAGAUGAUUUAAAUUCAGUCACAUCAAGGACUGGCAACGAUGAAAACUCCAUACAAUCCUCUCACGUUGCAGCCAAGAUGUAUGCAGAUAUUUCCCCUAGAAUAGAUAAUGAACCUCAGUGGUGGCAGCACGACGCCGUUGAACCUGUCUCGUGGACAGAAUCGAUUUGGUCUGCUUUCUCAUGGUUUGCAUCUGCCGGUCAACAACUCAACAUUGAAGAAGAGUCUCCCGAUGUAAAGUUGAACAAACAAAUUGAUUUGCUUGAUCUUUUGCAUGUUGUGGGAUAUUUCCAUCAAUUGACGUCAAAGUGGCUCAACUAUGUUGAUGAGGCUAUAAAUGAAGAGUAUCAAAACAAUUAUGAUUCUGAAGACGAGCAACUAAUUAACAAAAUAGGACUUCGUCUAUCGUACCAGGAUAUGAUUGAUAUGGAAUUGGAUCCUUAUAGCCAACAAGAUGUUCAAUUCUUGAAGGAAUUUGUCAUGAUGUAUUAUCAAGACAGAGUUGAAAGUGUGGAGGUGGGUUACAAUUUGGGUAACAUUUGCUGUUAG